AUGCUGCUCCUAAAGCGCGCCCUACACACCUCCCACAAACCGAAAGUGUCCGCGGUGCUGACCGCAUAUCUGAAACAAUGCAACGAACCACCCUGGACGUCGUACUUCAUCAAGCACGCCGACGUGCACAACGACCAGUUCGGCUGGUCACACUUCAACUGGACGCUCGAGACGGGCGCCAACUAUCACAUCCUGCGUACCGGUUGCUAUCCCUACAUGAAGUACCACUGCACCAAGCGUCCCUGGCAGGACCUAACGCUAGACGAUCGGUUCUUUCGCUGCAUUAAGGUCGCGAACCUUGGACUGCCACAGCUAUUCUACGGACUGGCCGCCAUGUUUUUGAUACGCCAUGUUGAGUAUGUACAGAUGCCGGACGGUCGACCACCAGUGCCGAUCUACUUUCUGUACGAGGAGGAUAAAGGUUCGAUGUACUAGUAAGGCAGAAUA